UCUGCUCUGCCGCAGCCGGCAGACACUUGGGAAAGUUGUCGCGUUUUGCAGGCGGGGAGCGACUACCGGCGAAAGAAAGAGGGAGAUCUCUUUGGAAACAUGGAGCUGCUGUGCUGCGAGGUGGAUCCCAUGAGGAGAGCUCUGCCUGACCCGAACUUGCUCUACGAUGACCGCGUUUUGCACAACUUACUAACCAUAGAGGAAAGGUAUCUGCCCCAAUGCUCCUACUUCAAGUGCGUCCAGAAGGACAUCCAGCCCUUCAUGAGGAGGAUGGUGGCCACUUGGAUGCUGGAGGUCUGCGAAGAGCAGAAGUGCGAAGAAGAAGUUUUCCCUCUGGCCAUGAAUUACUUGGACAGAUUCUUAGCUGUGGUGCCCACUCGGAAGUGCCAUCUGCAGCUGCUGGGGGCGGUGUGCAUGUUUUUGGCCUCCAAGCUGAAAGAGACAAUCCCACUCACAGCCGAGAAGCUGUGCAUAUACACGGACAAUUCCAUCAAACCCCAAGAGCUGCUGGAAUGGGAGCUGGUGGUGCUGGGGAAGUUGAAGUGGAACCUUGCAGCCAUCACCCCACACGAUUUCAUUGAACACAUCCUAAGGAAGGUGCCUCUCCCUAAAGACAAGUUGCUUUUGAUCCGGAAGCAUGCACAAACCUUCAUCGCCCUUUGUGCCACAGAUUUUAACUUUGCCAUGUACCCACCAUCAAUGAUAGCAACUGGAAGUGUGGGAGCAGCCAUCUGUGGCCUUCAGCUCGAUGAUGGGGACAGUCUCACAGACCUCCUGGCCAAGAUCACAAACACAGAUGUGGACUGCCUUAAAGCUUGUCAGGAACAGAUCGAGGCGGUGCUUGUGAAUAGCCUGCAGCAAGUCCGGCAGCAGCAGCAGCAGAGCAGCCCCUCCAAGACAGUGGAUGAACUGGACCAGGCCAGCACUCCCACAGAUGUGAGAGACAUCAACCUGUGAGGACAUCGGCACACAAAGUCAUGCUUGCUCCCCCAGACCCUUUAUUUUUGUUAUUAUUUUUAGAGUGAAAUUUUUUUUAAACUGCUCCCACAUAGAACAUAUUUAAAGCUCUUUUAGGUAUAAAGAAAAACAAAAAAAAGUACAAAAACUGAAUAAUGAAAAAAAAAAGCGUUUGGUACCUGUGAUGUUCUACAGAAGGGAAUCCCACGAUAUAUUUGGUAAUUGCUAUUUGAUUAUGUAUCAGUGAUAUUAAAUGCUUAUAAAAGCAUAUAAAGUAGCUAGAUCAAUGUAAGCCUGCAUUUGUGGGAACAAAGUAGAGUAUACCUGUCUGUGUAUUACGAACUAGUGCAUACACCCCUUUUUUAGAUAAAAGAAAGGAAUCGUGUGUGCGAUUUUAUGGCUUGACUAGAUUGCAAAGCAAUAGAAUAAGGGGUUUAGGGCAAAGUGGGAAAAGAUCCCUGAAGCAAUUGAACCAUUUUGAAUGCAGAAGAGAUUUGCUGAUCUGUCACCUCUGUUAUUAGUCAGAAGUGUUUGUUGGAUCUCUGUAUGUUAGUUUUGUUUACUCUUGCUGUCUGUGGUAGCUGCUACCUAAGAAAGAAGAUGCUUUAUUUUACCAGCCAGAAGAGCAGGUGUCUUUUGGGCUUUUUUUUUAGUUGAUUUAUUUUUCUUUUUUUCCCCCCCAACUUCCUCCUCUGCCCCUCUUGACUUUCUAUCUACUUUUCCUUCCGAAAUGGUUAAUUCUAAACACAGCAGCAUCUUUGGCAUGAGGGCAAUUCCUUUUAUCCAGCCGUGGGCCAAGCCAAAGUUCCCAAGUGUUCACGGUCAGCGGGGGGAAUGCACACAUUAAUGCCGACCUGUUGGCUGGGCAGACCACCUCCAACCUUUGGAUUGCAAGGUGUGGUGGAUCAGCUAGGAAAAGCAUUAUAUUCCUUUACAGUGCUAAUGCUUCACCUCCAUGUUAAUGUCUGGCAGUUUCUUUGCUUGGCCACAAAGACAUUUAAAUGAUGCUCUGUCCAUCUUCCCUUAUAAUAGCCCCUCACUGUAUUAAAGAAGAUGGGGUUUGGUUUGCUCCCUCGUCUCUCUUUCCCCCCACUCCCCCUGCACACUUUUUCAGCAUUUCAUUAACUUUAUUGAUCCACAGUGAGCGUUUUUGUAAACCAUUUCAUUCGAAAAGCACUUUGAAAAUUGUUCCUAAGGGAUUAAAUGAGAUGGUUUAUGACAAUUUUGCCGAGGAAAGAAAAACAAAAAAACAAACCAAAAAAAAAAAGAAAAAAAGAUUAAAAAAAAAAAAAAGAAAA